ACGCCGAACGUCGUGUACGUGGGCGGCAUACAUCUGAAACCCGCCAAAACCAUACCAAAAGACAUAUUAGAUUUUAUAGAAGAUUCGCCACAAGGAGUGAUUUUCUUAACGUUCGGUUCCACGAUUAAAGUGUCGUCGUUUCCAGAACAUAUCRAAAAGUCGUUUAAAGAAGCGUUGGCCGACAUUCCUCAGAGAGUUUUGUGGAAGUACGAGGGUGAAAUGAAGGACAAACCGAAAAACGUGAUGACCAGGAAAUGGUUUCCUCAACGAGAAAUACUAUUACAUCCCAAAGUGAAACUGUUUAUCAGUCAYGGAGGUAUGUCCGGAGUGUACGAAGCUGUGGAUGGCGGGGUUCCCGUACUUGGAAUUCCGGUUUUUUACGAUCAACCGAGAAAUAUUGAACAUUUGGUCCUGGCYGGAAUGGCGAWAUCCAUGGACCUGUUGUCGACGACCAGAGAAAAACUGUCCAACGCCAUUUCCGAACUCAUCAACGACGAAAGAUACGCGAAAAACGCAAAAAUUGCUUCGGACCGAUUCAAAGACCGACCGAUGACUCCGCAACAGACGGUCGUUUAUUGGACGGAAUAUGUGAUCCGUCACAAAGGCGCUCCACACUUGAGAUCUCACGCUCUGAACCUCACGUGGUAUCAGUACAUAUUGUUGGACGUAAUGGCCGUUGUGUUGGUUUUUGUUUUCCUAGUCACAUUCGUAUUAUUUAAGGUUUUCAAAUGUAUAAAAGGUUUUAGAAACGACAAAGUCAAGACUCAGUGAGUAUAGUCAACGAUCGUUGUGAUAACAAAUACUACACCAUUACAUACGGAUAGUGUAGCAGUGUUUAUCUAUUACUAUUAUAAUUUUUACUUUUARUAUUGUUAUUAUAUAAACUGUUAUUACUAUCGUUAUUAUAUUAUGUUUAUGUUAGAAUAUCAUKGUUGUUGUGUAUAAUCCGGUGAUAAAUGGAUUACUAAAAUAAACAAAAUGUGCAAUAGAAAAUAGAAAAAAUGUAUCGAUUAAACAAUAUAGUAAAUAUCAGGGGCGAAAAAAACUUCUARUUAUCGAAAGUUCGACUUACAGAGGUUCGAGUUAUCGAGGUUCUACUGUAUUUUAUUUAAUUCCUUUAAAAUUAUUAAGAAGAUCAA